GAGAGGGAGCAUGUGUCUCUCACUCUCUCUCCUGUGAAUGUACUUCAGUGGUUUACUACGGAGGGAUCAGGACAGCACAGCCCCACAAGAGAAGCUGAGCAGAGCUGGACUAAACGACAGAAGGGACAUUGUUCCAGUUAAACGAGUAAACAAAUCAAAUGAGUGGAAGGAAAUCAUUUGUUUGGCUCUUUGUGGGGUUCCUCCUCACCGCGACAGGUGUACAUGCCUCCUGUCCCAUUGAGUUGAGCCCCCCCAGUGUCGUGCUGAAAUAUGGAGACUCUGUCUCAAUCAACUGCAGCACAUCAGAAACAAAGUUUGCAGGAAUCGGCUGGGAGGUGCCAAUCGGCGGCACAGGUCUGGAGGAGGUCAAUCAUCUGACCUGGGCUGUGGAGAAUCUAACAGACUGGAACAUCUCUCCCCAGUGCUUCAUCAACCCAUCAUCAGAGAGUCAAUUUGGACAAUGCUUCAGUGAACCCAAAAUUGUACUUUACACAUUCCCAGAGGACAUCAGUAUCGGCUCCAUUGAUGUAUUCGAUGGUGCGAUGACAGAAAACAAGAACUUUGAAAUCACAUGUGGCAUCAACAAUAUAGCACCUGUUCAGAAUCUCAAUGUAAUUUGGUACAAAGGAGAUACAAUAGUGCAUACAGAAAGUCUUAACAAUGCCCAGAAGUCACCAGUGAAUCUCUCACCCGUUUACAACUUUGAGCCAACAAGAAAAGACGAUGGAGUCACGUUCAGAUGCGAGGCACAUAUGGACCUGGGGCCAGAAGGGCCACAAUUUAAUGUCUCUUCUCAAGAGUACAAAAUUAAAGUUUACUUUGGACCGGAUGUAGAGUGUUCUGCUCCUGAGCUAUUGGAGGGGGAUACAUUGGAGAAGCUUUGCAGUGUGACAGGAAAUCCUGACCCAGUUGUCAUAUGGCUGAAAGAUGGACAGGUUACAGACCGGACCAUCCCACUGAUGAGGGGGGAUGAAGGGAAUUACACUAUUAAUGCGGAAGGCUAUUCCUCCAUCACAAAGGAACUCCAGGUUUAUGUGUUGUAUGGACCAGAGUUGACUUUCCAAAGCAGUUACACUGCACCUGAGAACACUCCUCUAAAUCUUACCUGCAAUGCUGUGGGCUAUCCUGAACCUGAGAUCAUCUGGUCUAAAGAAGGCGAGGAGGUGGAGCUCCCUCAAAUACUGACACGACACGAUGCAGGGCAGUACAUGAUCACGGCUUCAAACAGUCGGUCCAGUGUCAACCACACAGUUGAGAUUACUGUCCUAUACUCACCAUCACCAAUACUUGAGCUUGAAGACUCUGAAGUGGAUGUUGGUUCUACCGUGGGGCUGAAGUGCUCCUCCAUGGGCAACCCACGACCGAAAUAUUCCUGGACUUAUUUCCGGACUGCCAACGUGAUGGAAACAAAUGAAGAUGGAGUGUCCCGUCUGCUCAUCCGCAAUGCCACUGCUUACAAUAUGGGCUCCUACACAUGUCAUGCCUGGAAUGACAGAGGGAAUGUCUCUCAAACAGCCAGAGUCACUGUAAGAGGUGCCGACAGAGUAUGCCCCGUCGUAAUAACUCCAGACAGGAUGGUGAUACAAUACAGAGACAGCACCCCGUCGGUCAAAUGCCAGCCAAUACCCACUGCAUCCAGAAAUGUAAAAGAAAUACCGUACUGGGAGGUUCCACAGGGCAACAGCACUAAGAUGGUAACUUGGGAGCCUGACACCCAAAACGACUGGGACCCGAGGCCUGCUUGUACUGGGAUGUUCGAUGGGAUGGAAAAAUGCCAGAAACUUUUAGACUACACUCUCUACAAAAAACCAGACAGUGUCUCCAUCCUCCUCGUGGAUGACGCAGGCCCGGUGGUGGAGGCCGUAGACUUCCAGUUGCAGUGUGACAUCACCAACGUUGCUCCUGCAAGAAACCUCGCUGUGCGGUGGUACAUAGGGAACGAAAACUUCACGAGUAACGAAACAAUGCAAGUGACUGGCUGCUUUCCCUGGAACAACAUCGACUGCGACCUCAAUGUCACUCGAUCCCCGAUGAAUGUAUCGCAGACCCUCAAUGUCCGUCUGAACAGAACACACAAUGGAGCAGAGAUCAAAUGCGAGGCUGUGUUGGAACUUGGAGAAAAUGGACCGAACCCUCCUCCGAGCGAGAUGUCCAGUCCCAUUAACAUCACUGUCUUCUAUAAGCCCAGCAUUAAUACCACAGAUCUUCCUGACACAGUCCCGUUGUUCAGAGGUUAUGUCGAGGAUCUUGUCUGUAUCGCUGACGGUAACCCACCUCCAGAGAUCCAGUGGCUCAACAGCCAAGACAACCUUGUGCCUGGAAACAUUCUCAAGGUGAAUGAGGCGGGAGUCUACAACUGCAGCGCCAGGAAUAAAGUCGGCUCCGUCUCCUAUGCUGUCAAAGUGAUUCUGAAAGAGGACUACCUCCCCCUCAUAGCUGGAUUUGUGGCUGUCGCUGUUGUUGCCAUCUCCAUCGUCUUCCUCUUCAUCUACUCCAUCUACUACAAGAACACUAAGAUGCGCCGAUACAAUCUUAAAAACGCCAAACUCAGCACCCACAAUGGCAACGUGGCUCACAACGGCUGGGACAUGCAGUUUCCUAUGACCAAACUGUCUUAGCGAGUCGUGUGUCGAUAGCACCGGAUGGAUAACUGACCACUCUGAAUGAGCUGCAUCUCUCUGCCAACACAAACUACAGUUUUUAAAUACCACUCCACCAGCAGGCCCGACUGUUUGGGAGUCUGAUUUUUCCUACAAACGUCACACACUCAGUCCUUGGUUUUCUCACAUAUAAUAGUAUUUUACCCCACAUGGGGUAAUGUUAUUAAAAAAUUAGCAACCUUUGGCUUGAGAUGUACAAUCUUAUAUUUACUACUGGAUUUGCCCACUUUUCACUGGACAGAGAGAAGAAGAGGAGCAGGGGCACUUUGGCUCUGACUUUCCAAAGAAAAUGUUUUGAUAUUUUUUCAUGAGCGCGAAGGGAAUUUGAUAUGAUUAUGAAUGUUUUUUGUUGUUCCCUUGGAUUCAAUAAUGCUUGUUUAAACGAACUGUGCCCCCUAAUAUUCACUCAAACUUAGAUUUCUAUAUGUAAUUAUUUUACAAAGCAACAUAUAAGAAGUGAGCCUGAUGUGUCUGCCUCUCUGAAGGUGUGACACUGAAUCUGUGAAAAAGGAGACCAGUAUUGCUCUAUUAAUGGACACCAUUGCUUGUGCAUAUUUUUCAUUGAGCCCAUUAUCCCUUCACUAUAGUGCUUGUAAGCCACUUUGCACUUGUUUCUGAUUAUGUAGCCUUCUCUGUGCCUGGGCCUUUGUAGUGCCAUACUGUGUCAGGCUCUGGCCCUAUGGGCCAAACUGUUUUGUCCAACAGUUGAAUGCUUUUGUAUGAAUGACUGCAGGCAUUAUUGCCUAAUGCCUAUCAAACUGUAUAUUCAAGAUAAUAUUUUAUGUAAAUGCGAGACCUUUAUAUUUAUUUAUGAGAAAAAGCAAAGAUGGAACAAUUUAGCAUUGAAAAUGGACUGCAGGUAAAUAAAUGUUGCAAAUGUUGGAAUGAGCGAGUAGAGAAGAAAUCCUACCUGUGAUAAAUGACAUGAGGACAUAGCAACACAUUUGUGAAUAAGGCUGUACAUAUUUGUGACUCUUUUGAAACUGUAUUUUGAUAUUAAAAAUGUGGCUUUUCAAACA